AUGAAUGUCUCCGCAACGGUCAAUGUCUUGAGGCUACUGGCCAACCCAUCUCUCUGUCUCCCUCACCACACGAUUGCCACCUUCGACCAACUCCCUGUUCCACUCUCUACAGCCUUUACCAGCAGGUUUGGUGAAAAGAAGCCAGACAUCAGAGCGGUAGUCCUCGACAAAGACAACUGCUUUUCUGUACCCAAGAAGAAUGAAGUACACGCUCCCUACCAGUCCAAGUUUGAUGAGUUGCGAAAGGCAUACCCUGGCUCUCGACUACUCAUCGUCUCCAACUCCUCUGGCACGGGUUCCGACAAAGGCCAUGUAGAAGCGGACCUUCUGGAACGUAACACUGGAGUAAAAGUGCUACGGCACAGUACGAAGAAGCCCGGAUGUCACGCUGAGAUCAUGGACUACUUCCGCAACGCUCCAGAUACAGGGGUCACGCACGAGUCUCAGAUUGCGAUUGUUGGUGAUCGUUUAUUCACCGAUGUGUUGAUGGCAAACAUGAUGGGAUCAUAUGGAUUGUGGAUCCAGAAAGGAGUCGUAGAAGAUCACGGACUGCUUACACGGGUCGAACGACGAGUUUCGACCUUCUUGCUCAGAAGAGGCUAUUCACCUCCACAACCGCGCAGUGACUUCGAGUAAUUUGCGGAAUCGACAAGUCAUCCCGGUUCUUGCUGCACUAAGGCUUUUGGCCUUUAUAAGCCCACCUCUUCCAGCCUGUCUUCAACGAGAGACCACCAACCCCAGGACACCAAAGAUGUGUUACAUCCUUCACCCAGCAUGCGACAACUGCAAAGCGCCCGACUUGAAGCGCGCGCGACUCUUCGCAGAAUGCGAUCACUACCGCACAAACG